AUGGCCUGCAUUUUGCUUCUGGCCUUGAACAAGGACUUUGAUGUUUUCAAUGAGGCAUACAGCUUUCUGGAGCUCUUCUCAGGCAAGGGAUGGGUGACUAAACUGAUGAAAGUGAAUGGUAUCGCAUCCGCAAGCUUUGACAUAUCGUAUGGAGAACCAGUGUUAGUGCUCCUGUCCAUUCUCAAUUGCAAAUUCGAGAACUUUCUCGUGGUCAUCGGCUUGGUAUGCAGCAGCUGGGUCACCGUGUCGCAAGGGACACACAAUCGGGCACCAUGGUUUCCUAUGGGUCGUGAUGAAUUUGGAUUUGUGAAUAUGGGAAACCAAUUGACUUCAAGGACAGCUCUCCUCAUCCUGGCCAUCACGGCCAUGGGAGGGACGUGGAUAUUGGAACAGCCCCGAAGCAGCCUUGUGAUAUGGCAUCCUAGGAUUAGACUGCUUUGGAGGCUACUUCCAAAGGUGUAUGAAGCUCGGUGGUGGGCCUGCAUGUAUGGCUCUGCCACGGCAAAAAGGCAUAUAGCCUGGUCAAAUUCCCCGACAGUGCAGCUUCUGGAUUUGGGUCAGAUGGUGAGGGCGCACUACAAACUACAGGGUGUGAAGUCCACCAAGAAGUACAGAAACAAACGUGGCAAGGUGGCCUUUUGCGGCUCAUCUUUCCUCAAACAAACACAGACGUAUCCACCUGGCUUCGCGAAGAAGAUCACCAAGCUUCACUCCAGGUUCUGUGCGAAGCGGACUUUGGAGUUUGGUGCCGGCAUUGAGGGAGAACAUCUCAACUUAGGAGUUUACCUUUUUGAAGGUCUUUCCUGGGACACUGAUUGGUGGCUUGAUGCUGGAAUGGACAGCACAUUCUGCUACCUUCGUGGAGCCAAGGGAUUGUGUUUGGGAUCCUUGAGGCAUCUUUUCCCAACGCACAUUUAA